AUGUUAAUAUUAAUAGAGACUCCAGCUGGAUUCGCCCUAUUCCAAGUUGCUAAUACCAAGGCCCUCAAUAAAAUAGACAACAUCUAUGAUUAUUUGUAGAAUGAAAAGCAAGCUAAAAAAUUGGUCACACCUUUUGCUUUCCAAUAAUUCAAAGAUACCUAAGAAGCUCUCGUGGCUACCAGCAAGUUGAUCAAUGGAAAAAUCCCAAAGAAACUCAGUAAAUUCCUGGAGAAGAAUGUAAUCUCGCAAGAAAUACAGGAUUAAAUAGCAGUCCAAGACAAAAAACUGGCCAAAUAACUUCAAGAAUAAUUAGGAUUAAGUUGCAUCCAAACUCCUGUGACUGAGCAGUUAUUCAGAGGAAUUAGAUCCUAAUUAACUAACCUAAUCGAAGGACUGAGUGAAUCAGAACUUAAGAAUAUGACUCUUGGUUUAGCACAUGGAUUAUCGAGAUAUAAACUCAAGUUCUCUACUGAGAAAGUUGAUACCAUGAUUAUCUAAGCAAUUGCUUUGCUUGAUGAUUUGGACAAAGAAAUUAAUAACUAUAUGAUGAGAUUGAGAGAAUGGUUUGGAUGGCAUUUUCCAGAACUUGGCAAAAUCAUAACAGACAAUUUAAUAUAUGCGAAAGUAGUCAAAGCCAUUGGAAUGAGAAUAAAGACCAGUUCUACAGAUCUCUCUGGUAUUUUACCUGACAAUCUGGAAGCAGAUGUUAAAUAAGCAGCGGAAGUAUCAUUUGGUACAGAAAUCACAGUAGAGGAUGAAAAAUUCAUUCUAUGUCUUGCGGAUCAAGUCAUUGAACUAACUGAUUAUAGAUCUUAAUUAUCUGAAUAUCUAAAGAAUAGAAUGCAAGCUAUUGCUCCUAAUCUCACUACAAUGGUAGGUGAAUUAGUAGGUGCUCGAUUGAUUUCACAUGCAGGCUCACUCGUAAACUUAGCAAAAUAUCCAGCUUCUACAGUUUAAAUUUUGGGAGCUGAAAAAGCAUUAUUUAAGGCUAUUAGAACUAAGCAUAAUACUCCUAAAUAUGGUUUGAUCUUCUAAGCUAGUUUAGUAGGAAGUGCUCCUGCUAAAUUGAAAGGAAAGGUCUCUAGAACAUUAGCUGCAAAAACAGCCUUAUGUAUUAGAUAUGAUGCUUUAGGAGAGGGAUAAGAUGCUGAAUUCGGAAUUACUAAUAAAUCAUUCUUAGAGAAAAGAGUUCAUCAAUUGGAAGAGGGAGUUAACUAUAGAGAUGUGAAAGCCCCUUAAAGAGGAAAAGCUAAACCCAUAUAAUCUCAAACAUAAUAUCAAGAAGAGGCUGAUUUUUAACCAUAAGGUGCUGGUUGGAUGCAAAAAUUUCAAAAGGGGGAAGACAAAAGACAAGCUACCCAAGAAAUUGUAUAAAGAACUUAACAGAAAAAGGUGAAAUAAUAAUGAAAGUACAUAUUAAUCAACGAACUUCAUCAUUUAAGA